AACCUGACUCAAAUCAGGCCCGAUCAUUUAGCCACAGACCCAGCCUGCUGGAUCCAACACCUAGACCUAGAACAGACGGUUUGACCUGAUGACCAUCCCUCAGCUUGGGCUGUUGUGGGCCUGGCAUGCAUGGGAAGAAAUUCUUCAGAGCUACGUGUCCUAACUACUAAGUGGGUACCUAAAAGCAUAGCACACUGCUCCAGCCAUUUUCGCCUCGCCCUAGAACGCAACACAAUUAUUCCAGAUUCAAUAUGCCACCUUGGUCCUCAACUUUUCAUGUUUGGCACUGCAAACCUCCAUUUAAACCCUUCUCUCUCAAGCUUUUCAACAACCAAAACGUCUCUCCAUCUAACCCUGAAGAACCCUUCCUUCGAAAACUCUCUUGCUUUCAAAGAUCUUCUCUCUCUAACUCUGAACAAACCCACAGAUGGCAAACCCAACUACUAAAAGACCAUUCUGCAACUCAUGCUCAAAGCCUGCCUCUUUUUGCAUUUGCAAAAGGCUCAAAACCCCAAUUAUUGACAACCCAAUUCCCAUUACAAUUCUGCAACACUCUCAGGAAAAGAAGCAUCCACUUAACUCCACAAGGAUUGCAUUGCUUGGGUUGAAAAAUAUAUCUGUUGUUACUGUAUCAGAUAUUCACCAUCAAGCCCAGUUUCUCAUUAGUCCUCUGAAACCAGAUUCUAAUACUACCAUUUUAGGAAUCAUCAGCAAAAAUGGGUGUUUGCCUCAAAACCAUCUUUCAAAACAGGGGUUUCACGGACCAACAGUGGAUAAAGAUGGUGGUUUUACCAGUAGUUUCAUCGAUCUUCAAUAUUAUAAAAACCAUCUAAAAAGCCCAGAAAUUGAUCAAAUUACAAGUUUUAGUGAAGAUGGUAGUUUUGAAAAUGGUUUCAUGGAACUCCAUUUACCCCAAGACCACUCAGAAAAAUCAGAUCAUCAAUCUAGACUUGAGAAAGGUAAUGGCUAUGGCGACAGCUUGAUUGAUCACGAAGCCCCUCGAAGCCAAUGUGAAAAAUCAAGGGUUGAUCAAACCGCAAUCUUUACUAACCCUAAAGAACCAUAUUUUGAUCAAACAACCAUUAGACAGAGUGGUGGUGUCACCAGUUCUCCUGUUGCUCAAAACCACCCCAAUAAGCCAGACUUUGGUAAUACCACAACAACAGACAAUGGUAACUUUAUUGGUGCCUUUACAGCGCCCAAGAACCUCCCAAGAAUGCAACAUUUUGAUCAGAUUUUGCCCACUCCAUCAGCCAAAGAAGCUAUCUCAAGUGGGUUCGUAGUAAAAAGGCGUCAGAUCAAGAAGCUGGUUAAUGAUGACAAUGGUCGUGAUGAAUUUGAGGAGUUUCAAGAGUUUGAAAUUGCUAUUCCUCCUGGUUCAGCCCUGCUUUUCCCAAGUGACAAUGCCAAAAGCUUUGCUGAGAUUGAUUUUGAGGUGAAGCAUUUACUAGUUUUGGAUGGGACUUGGGGUAAGGCCCGGAGAAUAUACUAUGAGAAUCCAUGGUUGAAGCUUUUGCCCCAUUUGAAGCUGGAUAUGAAAAAAGAGAGUUUGUAUAGUGAGGUAAGGGUUCAACCCAAGAAAGGGUGUUUGUCUACUAUAGAGAGUAUAGUUUGUGCUUUCAAGGCCCUGGGAGAUAAUAGUGAAGGGCUGGAUGAAUUGUUAGAGGUGUUAGUGUCCAUGGUUGGUGAUCAAAGGCGCUGCAAGGAUGAGAGACUAAGUAAACUUGCCUAGGAUUGGGAAGGGCCCAUCAUACCUUCUUACCAAUCCCUUGUGCACCUUCUUAGUUGGUUAGGUUGGGGCUUUAUCAUCACCAAGUCUCCAACCAUGAAGUAGGGAGGCCUUCUCCCCUUAUCGGUCAGCCCAAUUAUUCAUCCUCCCAGCUGCCUUCUCCAAGCAUGCUCAAUUGUAAGGCAGCCCAAUGCAGCAACAAGGAUUUGUGGCUAUAGGAGCAUCCAGACUAUUUAUUUGGUGAAUUCAUUAGGACAUUGCUAGUAGGCAAGUCCUCCAUAUUAGAUGUUUCUUCUCACAGGCAUGUCUUUUGAGUAUUAUUUUUCACUUUUAGUUGUAGGGGUAUGCCCUUUAUUAAUCAUGUUCACUAUGAAUUUACAACCUUACCUAUUGAGCUAGAAAAGAAGAUACUAGUAAGAGUGUAAACAAUCUAAAUGCCAUUUUAGAGCAACCUAAAUGACACUUUGGAAAAAUGACCCUAUUCUAGGCAUUUGUAAUGAGCAUACAUGGGUUCCUAGUCUCAAUUUUGUUGAAGUUAUUUUUCAAAGUGGCUCUUUCUGUCAUUUUGUUUCUACUUAGAUCCAUCUCUUGCAGUAAGCAUCCUUUUAGGACAUAUAUGUUUGUACUCACGCGCUAAGGAAUAGUUGUCAUUACUUGAUGUAUGUAAAACAAUAUGGGCCUAUGAGUCACAAAUGAAACUAAUACCAACAACUUAGUUAGAUCUUUUUCCUCCCAAUAUCAAUGCAAGUGUUGUAAGGUCCAAAGAUGAUAGUUUGAGGUGUGCUAGAUAGUAAUAAAGUGAGUUGAAAACUGUAAUAUACUUCUUGGAAGUGUCAUGUAGAAUGGGUAUACACCAUUAAUGAGACGCUCCAUGAUAAAUGGAAAUCGAUCUUGAUUUGCUUUAUCUGAGCAUGAUGACAGGACAAAAAAGAAUUCAUAUACUAUUUGAUUGGAUCUCUAUUGUGCAUAUCAGAACAAUGUCAUUGUGUGUGCCAUGGCUAUGUACUUCACCCUUAGACCAAUUGGAAGGUAAUUUGGCAUGUAGUCUUCUAGGAUAUAAGAGAUGUCCAUAGAAGACAUGGGAUAUACAUUGGGUCUCUUGUUAAAUGGAGAACCAGCCUAGUUCGAAAGUUAUAAAGAACUACUCAACGGCCCUGUGCAUAUUAAACCAUGUAUUGCAGUUUUCUAAAACUCUAUGAGUCUGACAUGGGCUCAGGUGAGUUGCUCAGAACUGGCAGCCUGCUAGUUCAACUCGCAGGGGCCCCUAAUGUAGGCCAAAUCGCCGUGGGACUCAACUGAGUACUUGAGACCUUGACAAGUCCAACACUUUUUCAGAAAAUAAAAAGGGAAAGAAAUGUGAUCCCUCUUUCUUGCUUGUUCCUAUCGCCGAGAGCUACAAUCCCCCUGAAAGUUCAUCCCUAAACAUAUGUUGCUGUCCUCUAUUGAAUCCAAAAUUUCCAUGGCAUUAAUCCACAAAAAAAAAAUAAAAAUGUCGGAUUUGCAAGAUUUGUAAUAUCAGAAGAGGUUUGGCCAACCCCUUUUUCUUACUUUUUUUUUUCUCACUGAACCUAUCUGGAUUCGCCUUAAAAAUUUACUUUACAUUAAUUUUCAUUUUGUAUACAGUUUCUAUAAUCUUGUAUGAUUUUUCAUUUUUCUUUUAUUUGUCCUAUUUUUCUAUUUUUCAGGAUUUUUUGAACAUUUUUUCUUCAACUAGGACAUGAAUCUCUGAGUCAUUUCAAGACUUCCAGAGCCGGCUGACUCUGGGCACUCGCUGAGCCCCAAGUAUUAAAAUACUGAUUGAGGAUAUAUUGAAUGUGAACAAGCUGACUGCCUACAUAUAUACUGCUUGCAGUGAUCUGGUUUGGUUUCCAUAUCUGCAUAUCGAUGUUGAUUGGACUGGAAAAUUAUCAAAUUGACAAAAUGGUCUCUGGUUUAACUUUGUCCCAAUUAAUUGUCCGACUGUUCAAUAGUUUGGAAAAAAAAGAAAAUUUUCCAAAUAUCCAGAAAGUAUAAAGAAAAGAAAAGAAAAAGGUAAUGUUAGAAAUUCCUUUUUAACAUGUAUUACACAUGUUUAAUAGUUCAAUUUUAUACAAAUUGACAAUGUGAUAUCAUAAAAGCAAUAAUAAAACUGUGAUAUCAUAAAAGCAAUAAUAAAACAUCAUUAAGGGCAUGCAUUUUUCAGUAUCUCUAAUGUCGUGUGUAAAUGAGCAGCAUUCAGAAAUUCUUUAGUAUUACCAGAAAAACAAACUAAGCAUGCUGAACGAAUAAAUGAAUACUUGAACAAAUAUAGUCGCAUUUGUUUGUCUGACAUGUUUGAGUAUCUAUAUAAUUCGAUUCAUUAGAAAGUUAUGAGCAAAUGCCUACCUAUAAAAAAUAAAUGUCAAAACAAUUGUCAAGUAUUCAUAUGGAAGUCUCCUCUCCUUGAUUCUAACCCAAGAAUACUAUCUCAUGCUACGAAAUCAAAGACGUAAUCAGUUUCAUCAUAGUUGUCUCUUUGUCAGCAUCAUUGUCAUCUUCCCCAUCACCCUCCUCUUUGAUUCCCAUAAUAAAACUAAAUUAAGUUUGUUGCAAGUACUAUUUAUUUUGCAAAAUUGAAACUAAAAGUUUCACAAUGCUUUCUAUCAUUCUGUUCUAGCUCCUUAUCAAAAUUUUCUUAGCAUCAAACCUUUAGUUGCUCUAGCUCCUUUGAUGCUUUAUUUCUUCAUAUCCUUUGUUUACUCCUUACCCUACGGCAAUCUCCUACCAAUCAUUACAUGCUUCGGUGACUAGGUGGGAACAUUAUGGCUUCUUCAUCCUCCUACCAGGGAAUUCAUUUGACAUUUGAUUCAUUGGAGAUGCAUGGCAUGAAGUUAAAGGAAAAUGAGAAAAGUGAAAUCCAUUAGGCUGCAUUUGCAUGUGACACCUCUUUGUAACCUGAGCAGCAAAUUACAAAGUAAGUAAUUGGUUGUAAUUUGUGUGGGCUCCAAGCUAUAAUGCAUGGACUUGUAUAUGCUUAUUGUGCUGGUGUCUUAUGGUUGCUAUGCCGGUACUAAUACCAGAUGUUGCUAGGAUCAGUGUGGACUAGUCCGAGUAACUCGGACUUGCCACCCUGACAAGUCUAAGUAUCCCUGAGUUUGGGUGGUCUGACUCGGGGAUCUUAAAAAAAAAUAAA